AUGUUUCGAAAUCCGCGCGAGAACCGGACGCUACCUACAACCUCCCAUCUGGCACCUUCGAGCGGUCGGCGUCCCUCGCCACCCCGCUCCUCCGCCACUCCUCCGACAAUGGCGGCCAAAGCUACGCCGAAGAAGACGCCCGCCAGACCGAAGGCUACCUCUUCGCAGAAGAAGAAGGAUGAUUCGAAGCAAACAACUCUCGUGCCAACCGACUGGGGGAAGAAAGCAGCUGCGAACAAUGGACGUAUGAAGCCAAAGGCCACACCAAAUGGCAACAUUAUGGCCUUCUUCAGGAAGGCUGAAGAAGAGAACAACAAGAUCUUCUUUCCGGAUCGGAAGCUCGAUCCCACGAUUGUUCUCAACGAUAGUGGUGAGGUGGCUGGUGGAUGGAGCGACGAAACCCACGGUAGUGUCCCAGAGACGGACAGUAACGCGGAACGGUACAAUGAGAACGGCGGCAGCAUUAAGAAGCGGAAGUUGAGUGAAGAAGCUCCAGAACCGGUGUGUCCACGGUCACCGCCAGGCACGAAUGGAGAAGCAACGAAGACUCCAUCGGCCGAUGCUGCUGAGAAAAGCAUACAGAUGCGCAAGAAGUCAGGCCCUUUUGCAGACGACUCAGAUUCUGAACCUGAAGAAGGAAUGUCGUUCCUGAACAAAGGUACGAUAAAGCAAGAGGAAGCGAGUGAUCACGAAGAUUCUAAACCGCUCGAGGAUUCGAUUCCUGCAGAUAGCCCCGCGCCACCCGUCACCCACGCACCGCCGCUGCUCAAAACCGAAGAAACUUCGCAAUUUGGCGUAGAGGAUUUCGGCGAGUUCGAUGAACUGGAAGAUGAAGAUCUCUUGGAAGGUGAAGAGUUCGACGAGCGGCGGUGGAUGAAGGAACAACAAAAGCUAGAGAUGGCAGAAGCCGGCUACGAGGGCGAUCCAGACGACUUUGAACCACCAUCCUUGUUUCCAGAGGAUACUCAAGAAAGUAAUAUUGAGAGUGCCGACAAAGAUGUAAAUGCGCCAUCGUGUCCAUUGUGCAGCGCCCAGUUGGCUAGUUUGUCGGAACAGGAGGUUUCUCAGCACGUCAAUGCGUGUUUAGAUGGCAACCCGAUACCGCUGCCUACGCCGAAGGAGCCCAUGAGAGAAGCAACCCCUACUGUGACGAAUGCCAAAGCUUUCAAACGACUCCCGCGACCGCCUCGGCCCGGUCAGGAAAAUCCGUUCCAGCUUGGGGAGACAAACGGCGCCCCAAAAUCAGCAUUCUCCAAAUUGAUGUCUGGACACGCUGAAGACACCGCAUGGGCUACGGCAGCUGACGCAGAGAAGGCAGCGAGGGGCAAACCAUCAUAUCAACGGACAUGUCCUUUCUAUAAGAUUCUUCCGGGCUUCUACAUUUGCGUAGAUGCCUUCCGCUAUGGCGCCGUCAAGGGGCAAAACGCGUACUUUCUUAGCCAUUUCCACAGCGACCACUAUAUCGGAUUGACUGCAUCGUGGAGCCACGGACCAAUAUACUGCAGUAAAGUGACAGGUAAUCUCGUCCGGCAGCAGCUACGCGUGGAUCCUAAAUGGGUGGUGGAUCUUGAUUUCGAAAAGAAGGCGGAAGUUCCAGGCACCGAAGGCGUCCAUGUCACGAUGAUAUCAGCCAACCACUGCCCUGGUAGCUCGCUGUUUCUUUUUGAGAAGGAGAUUGGCAAAGGAAAGAGCUCAAGGUUGCAGCGCGUGCUACAUUGCGGCGACUUCAGAGCUUGCCAAGCCCAUCUGGAGCAUCCACUUUUGAAACCCGACGUGCUCGAUGCUGUGAGUGGGAAGAACAGGCAGCAGAAACUCGAUGCCUGCUAUCUUGACACUACGUACCUCAAUCCGAAGUACGCUUUCCCGCCGCAGCAACAGGUCAUUCAAGCAUGCGCAGAUAUGUGUGUGAGCCUGAGCAAAGAGCGAGUUGAUGAAAGCGACGGGUGGGAAAAGAUGAAGAAAGAGCGCGCAGGUGAGGGUAUGGUCAAGUUCAUGCAAAAGGGUGCUGAGGCUGCUGAGGCUGCUGAAGUGGACGGCAAUGAACCAACUUCAACAAGUCCUACAAAGAUCGGCGUGAACAAGCCACGAGGAAAACUUCUCGUCGUAGUUGGAACUUACAGUAUCGGCAAAGAGCGCAUAUGCAUCGGUAUAGCCAAAGCCCUCGGCAGCAAGAUCUACGCCCCAGCCAAUAAGCAACGAAUCUGUCGCGCUCUCGAAGACCCUGAGCUCGACGCCCUCCUCACCUCCGACCCCCGCGAAGCACAAGUCCACAUGACUCCGCUCUUUGAGAUACGCGCCGAAACCCUCGACGAUUACCUCCGUGACUUCAGCGACUGCUUCUGCCGCGCUGUCGGUUUCCGCCCCUCAGGCUGGAACUACCGCCCACCCAAGAGCCGCUUCACGGAAUCUCCCUCCGUGCAAACCGUACUCUACUCGCAGAACUGGAAAAGCCAGUUUUCGAUGCGUGAUUUGACGCAGCAACGCGGUAGCACGAACCGCGCGAAGUGUUUCGGUGUUCCGUAUAGUGAGCAUAGCAGUUUCAGGGAGUUGACCAUGUUCUGUUGCGCGCUAAGGAUAGACAAAAUCAUUCCGACGGUGAACGUGGGGAGUGCGAAGAGUAGGGAGAAGAUGAAGGGGUGGUGCGAGAAAUGGGCGAUGGAGAAGAAGAAGAACGGGCUUUUUAAGCUAGGGGAAGGGGGCAGUGGUUGGUAG